CAGCUUUCUAUGUUUUUUUUAUAUUAUAUUUUUGAAUGGAUGGAUGCAAAAGGGGUUAAUUGUUAAUCGUGAAGUUUGAUUUUGUGUUUAGAGGGUGUUUGUUAUAUUGCAGCAAACACACAGAAAAGAGAGGUCUCAGGCAUGGAAGCAGCCAAAGUUCCUGGAGGAGAGAUUCGGAGACUUCAUAUCAUCUACUUUCUCAGUCGAUCAGGCUGUCGUAUUGAGCAUCCUCAUCUCAUUCGUGUUCACCAUCUUGCUCGAAAUGGAGUCUAUCUCCGAGAUAUUAAGAGGUGGCUUGGUGAAUUGAGAGGAAAGGAAUUGCCAGAAGCUUUUGCUUGGUCAUAUAAGAGGAGGUACAAGGCUGGUUAUGUCUGGCAAGAUUUGUUAGAUGACGACCUCAUCACCCCCAUCUCUGACAAUGAAUACGUCCUCAAAGGAUCACAAAUCAGCCCCACCCUACUGGAAACUGGUUCACUUGGUGCUGUUGAUAAGAAAGCUUCCAUUCCAAGGCAGCAACAAUGUUUGAAAGAAGAACCGAAGAUUCAAACAUACCCACAAUCUGCAACAGAUACUCCCAGCAAAGUAUCAUCAGAAAUCAGCCAGGAAUCAGACAGGUCAACCUUAACUGAUGAAUAUGAUUGUUCGAAGUUUGAACAGAACCCUGAUGAACAAAGCUCUGAGAGGCUGACUGAGAAUUACACUUUGCCUCCUUUGUAUCAACAUCUAUUGAACAGGAAAAGUAGGAAACAGAGGACAGAAGAUGAGAUAGUGAACAAUAACAAAACCGAUGCGCCUGAUGAUUCAUCCUUCUCUACGUCAUCGUCGUCAUCAUCUUCUUCAAAAUUCUCCUUUGACAAGUGCAGAAGCAAUUCAACUAGGGGUUCUUUUGUGUUUCGCAACUUGAUCACUUGUGGGAAUGCGGAUGUCAGCGAUGCAGUUCUAGUCAUGUUGAACAAAAAGGGAUCAAACAAGCCUAAUAAUGGUGAACUUAGUUCUGAGAUUUGUAAACGGGAUAAAUUGGGAGGAUCAGCUACGGGCUUUGCAAAUUCCUGGAGUCAUCAGAAACAUCAGCAAUAUGGAGCCAGAAGAAGCUAUGAUGGAGGCGAAACAAACAAGAACAAGAAGAAGCCGGGCGAGUUCAUGACUCAAAAUCAUCCAAAACCAUUUGGUGGACCAACAUGCUCGCAAUGCGGGAAGAAGUUCAGGCCAGAGAAAAUGCACAAGCACAUGAAGUCAUGCAGAGGAAUGAAAUCCUUGUCAAAAUCUGCUGAGAAGACAGCACCUCCCAGAUCAUCAACUUCCUCCAACACAGAUUCCACAAGCUUCCUGCCUAUUAAAAUAUGAAAUAAUGCUUGGCUUCUAUGUUCCCUGUAGCUUCUUAUCUUAAACUUGGCAGUGCUCAAUGAUAUCAAGAGAUUCUUUGAUAACUUUAGUUUACAUAAAUAAAUUAAUCAAAUCACUCUUCCAAAA